GUAAUUAGUCUCUGCCUGAGAAGUGAGAAGGGUAUAACUUUGCCUUCAAAUUAAAAGUCCUAUUUUCCAAAUUAUACGAUACCGAGAAGUUCAAAAAGUUUAAAAUGAGUGCUUUAGCAAGGAAACUAGUGAACCAGCUGAAAAGCAAGGAGUUCAGGGACUAUUUAAUGAGCACACACUUCUGGGGCCCUGUUGCCAAUUGGGGUAUACCACUAGCAGCCAUAGCAGAUACAAGGAAGGAUCCAAAUUUUAUAAGUGGAAAAAUGACUUUUGCCCUGUCUCUCUACUCGCUGAUGUUCAUGAGGUUCGCUUGGAAGGUCCAGCCGAGGAACCUGUUGCUCUUCGCCUGUCAUUUUACGAACGAAUGCGCUCAGCUCACCCAAGGAGCCAGGUUUAUAAACUACCACUACAUCCAAGGUCCUAAAGAGGUCCAAGAAAAGAAAAGCCAAUGAUGACGUCACUUUAGUUUAAGAAAACACUCUGGGCUUUAGUUACGAUGUUACCAGUCAAUUAACUAUUAGUGUUGCCAAGAGUGAUAACAAAUUGUUUUUUUUUUUAAGUUGUUUUGAGAAUGACAAAAGUGACAAGGUCAUUUUUUGUUGGUAUUUAUAAUAUUAAAGACUUAGGUGAAAUUGUGUCAACUUUAAAAUUAUAUUGUUUGGAAAACAAUUGAAUUUGUUGGAGGCUUGUAGUUUAUAUAUAACUAUAACAGAGGGCCCCAGUUUUCUUGUAAUACUUCAAAACGAGUUAAAUGAGAUGAUAGGUUUUAUAUCCAUGGGCGACGGUAACCUUUCACCAUCAGGCGGGCCGUAUGCUCGUCUGCCAGCGAGGGCAAUAAAAAAAACUUUAUUGUCCAGUAAAAUUGACGAAAUUUCACUUAAAACGAAUCUUCCAUAACUCGACAUAAUAUCAUAGUAAUAAAAUAAUGUAUUCAAAAUACAUACUUAUAUUAAAGGUUGAUUGUUGACAUGUUACCUUUGUUAUAUCUUAUUAGAUAAAUAUUUUAUUUAUUUGAAUGUUUACCUCCUGGUAAAGUAUAGUAGCAAAAUUUUAUUAUUGUGAAGGAUUAAAAUACUAGGGCAUGUUUCAGGGCUAUUAAAAAUUGUUCGUGAAAUAUAGCGAGCAUUCUGUUGAUACUAUAGAUAGGUUGAAAUUAUGAUUGAUAUGUUGUAAAUAAAUCAAACAGACUGCCCGCAACGCGAAUGUUGGUAUACUCUUUGAAUCGUAAUCUUGAACGUUGACGUCACUGUACAAUACAGUCCCCUCAGUCCAGUUUGAAAUUAGAAUCGUUAUAUUGUUGUUGUUUCUGAAGCAAUAUUUAUUUUGCCUUCGUUGGUCGUGUUUGUAUCUUUCGUAAGAUGAUAAUAAUAUAAUAUCAGGCUACAUGGUACCGAAUAGUGACGUAAUUAAAUUAACGUCAAAUGAGGAGCUUGGAGCGCGUUGCAAUGCAAGAGAGAAAUUUAAAAUUCGUUUUAGAUAAAAUAAUUUGACAUUAAAAUUGCAAUAACUGUUCUUCUUUCAGUUUUUCCUUUAUGCGUUUUACUUUAAAUUAAGAACAGACUUCAAAUAUUUACAAUGUGUAUUCCCAUUUAUAAUUUAUGAAGCUUUAAUAAUUUUCACAUGACUAUAUUUUUCUAAAAACAUAUCUGUGUAUAUAUGUGUUUCUAUCAAAUCGAAAUUAAAGUAAUCGAACCAUAAACCCUCGUCAUAACUACGAUAAUAAAAGCAAAUAUGACUUGAAACAAAGACAUUGAGUAAAAAAUAUUUUUUAAUCAAUUAAAAGUUAAGGUAACUGUAUCAAGAUAUAAUUAAAAAACUUUCGUAUGAACGCAGUCAAAAAGCCAAAAAGGCGACAACAUAAUAGCAUAUUAUUAUUUUAAAUACAAUAAGAACGGGAUAAUUGCAUUUCAAAAUGAUUUAUUUUUAAAUAAUAACAUUUAGAUAUUUAUUUAUUUUUUGUAAUAAUUUAUUUGACUUUUUUUUUUAAACUAGUUAAAGAAUAUUGUGACAAUUUGUAGCAUAUUUUAUUUUUGACAUUACUAUUUACGCACAGAUUAUACAAACAAAAUGUAAAUAAUAUUUGUUUGAUAUGAAUAUUAUUGUCGAAUAAGAACGAUUUCCACAAAAACAAUUCAACUAUGAAUCGUGUUUAAUUUAUAGACGCAUUCUAGAAAUUACGUGUCCGAUUAAAAGCUCUUUGAAUUAACUAUAUUGAUUGUACAUUGUCUCCUGUUUUACGUAAUUACAUUAUACAGGGUGUGAAAAUUAGUUGUUGAUAAAAAGAUGUAGUAAUAAAGAUGUAGUAGUAGUUUUGCAAUUCAUUGGAAUUGUUUUGUUGCGUCAAACCUGUCUUUCUGGUGAGGUAAGCUGAUACAAAAAAAAGUUGCUAGAAUAAAAAAAAAACAAAUGAUUGUUUAAUCUGUGCUUUUAGCCCGACGAGGGCUUCGCCAAUCGAUCAAACAAAUAUAGUGUUUUCUUAAACUAGAUUUUAUUGAAUAAUUGUAAGGGAAUUGUUAGACAUCUGAAUGUUUUAUGAAUACGAAAAAUGGAUAUAUUUUAUAAAGGAAUAUUUAUUGAAUUAUAUGUUAUACUAUGCUGUUGAUCUGUUGUUACGAAUUGUUUCGUAGUUGUAGAUAAUAAAUGAAUGGUGAUAUUU